AUGAUUAUUUUAUGGAGUUGGCUUAUACCAUUAAUUACUUUCAUUAAUUCAGUAUUAUUAUUUAAUCCUUUAAAUCAUACUAUAAGUGUAAAUAUGAGUCGUACUGGAAGAUUUCGUGAGUUUUUCUCAAGCAAACGAAACGCAUCGCCACAGAUAUAUCAAAUAUCAACACCAUUGAAUGUUACAAAAAAUAUUCAUGUUUCUUAUGAUCCAACAACAAAAACAUUUCAAGGUUUACCAUCAGAAUGGGAACACGAAGUGAAAAAUUUAUUUGUUCAGUCACAGCCUGAACACAAAGCUCAUGUUAUGACAUGUGCACUGAAAGUUAUUCAGCAAACUAUGCGAGAAAAUAAUAGUCAAACAAAACAUUUGCAUAUUCAAGAUACAUCACAUUCAGAUGGAUUAUCAUAUGAAUCAGGUGAUGAAUUAAGCGAAAUAGAAUAUGAUAUUCGAUCUUCACAAGAAAAACUUAAUGUCAAUACUUCGUCGUCGCCAUUUUCAUCUAAGAAGGAUGAGCCAGUUGAUCAUGCAAGUGCAAAGAAAUAUGCUCUUGGUAAAUUACCAACACAUCUCAAUUCAAGCUCUGAUUUUGUUGAAGAACUUAAGCGUGCUACAAUUAUUCGUAAAAAAGGUUUAAAUACAAAUACUGGAAAAUUGGACGACAACAACAACGACAACGACAACGAUAAUGAUGAUGGUGAUGGUGAUGAUGAUGAUGAUGAUGAUGAUGACGAUAACAAUUCACCUAAAUCUACAACACCGUCAAAUUCACGUCCUCAUACUCCUACACACCUUCAAAAUAGGCAAGGAACUACAACUACCCCAAUGUAUCAAAUUCAUCGUAAUCGUGACACUCUGACCAAUGAGGAUGUAAAAAGCAACCAAUCUUUGUCCACACCACUGUCUUCCAAUGCAUCAAAAUAUAGUCCAACUAAUAAUUCGCCUUUUAAAUAUUCACUUCCGGUACGCCAUCAUAGUAAUAAUGAUAAUUUAUCAGCAAAUAAUAUCAACGGAAAAGAUCAUCAGCAAAAAGAGCAACCUCCUGCAGUACCACCUAAAACAGUGCGGUACAAUGCUGCAACUAACAAAAUUUCGUCUUCUAAUAUUGCUCUUAAUAUUCCAGCAGUAAAUAAAGAGAACACUACAAAUGCUAUGCCUUCAUCACAAUAUUUAAGUUCAUCAAAAGAGUCACAACCUCUAACUUCGCCAACAGAACCACAACCGUUGAUUUUGUCAAAGCCAUCACCACCUCUAAUUUUGCCAAAACAAUCAGAACCUUUGGUUUCGAUAAAACAAUCAGAACCUUUGGUUUCGAUAAAACAAUCAGAACCUUUGGUUUCGAUAAAACAAUCAGAAUCUGUAUCUUCAUCAAAAGAAUUACAACCGAUUCAACGACAUAAAUCGAAAAGUAGUAAACGAAAAAUUACAGAAGAAGAAGCAAUAAAAGAAUUAGAACCGAUAGCUGCAAAAGAUGAUCCGAUUUCAAGAUUUCUUAUAAAGAAAAAAAUUGGUUCAGGAGCAGCUGGUGAUGUUGAUCUAGCCAUUGAUACCAAAACUAAUACAAAAAUAGCAAUAAAACGGAUGCUUUGGUCCAAACAACCACGAAAAGAAUUAAUUGUUGGUGAAAUUCUUGUCAUGAAAACUUGUCGAUUUCGUUCCAUAGUCAAUUUUCUUGAUUGUUAUUUAAGACCAAAUGAAUUAUGGAUUGUUAUGGAAUACAUGAGAGGUGGCCAAUUAACACAAAUUGUUGAACAAACAAUUCUCGAUGAAGGUCAAAUGGCAGCUGUUACAAAAGAAUGUCUUGAAGCAUUACAAUUUCUGCAUAGUAAAAAUAUUAUUCAUCGUGAUGUUAAAUCAGACAAUGUUCUUGUUGGUUUGGAUGGUUCAGUCAAAUUAACCGAUUUUGGCUUUUGUGCUCAACUAGCAAAUACAGAAAGUUUACGAACAACAAUGGUUGGUACUCCUUAUUGGAUGUCACCAGAAGUUAUUAAAAAGCUAAAAUAUGAUAAAAAAGUUGAUAUUUGGUCAUUAGGAAUUCUAGUAAUUGAAAUGAUUGAUGGUUCACCACCGUAUAUAAAUGAACAACCAUUUCGUGCUAUGUGUAAAAUAGCUAUGCAAGAAGAACCUCCAUCAAUAAGUCCGGAAUCGCAAGAACGUAUAUCAAAUGAUGCACAGAAUUUUUUGAAACGUUGUCUGACAAUCGAUCCUAGACAAAGAGCCGAUACAACUGAGCUUCUUGCGCAUCUAUUUAUAAAACGUGCUAAACCAUUGGAAUCACUUGUUCCAAAUAUCAGAGCUGUUUGUAACAACGAAGCAGAUUAA